GUGAAAGAGAAGUAGAAGAAGACACGUGAUGUAGAAGCUGGCCUGCAAGAUUACGGAAGGAAACUUAAAGACAAACAAACUCAAAAAAAAACCCUCAAAAAAACCCCCCAAAACAUCAGGUUAAGCAGUUUUCUUUUUCCUCAGCAUCUGUAAACAGGGUGCAGCUCAUCAGCAGGAUGCUUUUGGUGUAUUUCCUCGGUUCGCUCGGCUUCCUGCCCGUUACCUCCGGCCUGUCUGUGCUGCUCGGACACGAGGCCACCGUUCCCUGUAUUCGUAGCUGCUCUAAAGUGGAAUGGUUUCGGAAUGAAGUCCUGGUUUAUAAUUUCACUGCGGGAAAUAUCAGCGUUGCUCCCGAGUUCGAAGGCAGGAUUAAGUUCUCAGAAGCAGACCUGAGAAAAGGAAACGCCUCGCUCACUAUAACCAGAGUGGUGUAUAAUGACAGAAGCUGGUACGUCUGCUCCUGUGAUGGUCAGAAAGGCUGUGACCACUUCCUGGAAGUUCUCGUUCCAACUCCAUUUACUGCUGCUGUUGGUGCUAAAGCUAAGUUGCCAUGCUACGCGGUAACAGACAAACACUCAUCUGCAUCUAACGUCAACGUCCGAUGGGAAAAAGAUGACAAGCUGGUGGUGAAGCUUGAACACGGAGAGAUGGAGACUGGUGAAGAAUAUGAGGAACGUUCUUCUGUCUCCGAAGAGGAUUAUAGGAAAGGAGACCUCUCUCUGACCAUAGACGACAUCAGGCCCUCUGAUGCUGGACUAUACAGAUGUUCGGCUCUGAACGGCCAAAACCAAAUCCCUGAGGUUGUCGCUCUCAUGGUUACAGAUUCUCCAUCACUCUACAGUCCAGCACAUGGUUGGACAGUAGCCAUCGUGCUCAUCGUGGUCUUCAUAGCUGCUGCUGCAGUUCUGUGGGCAUAUCGGGGAAAAGUAUCUGCAUUUAUCCGUUCUCCACCGGAUAACACAGUCCCAGCAGAUGAGGAGUAAUGAAGCAAGUUCUUUUUCUUUUUUUUUUUGAAGGUUUUUAAACAUAAACAGUAUUCUAUUUUUGAUAGCCAGAUAUUAUUUUUAUCUACUGGCAUUAUAUAACAUUAUCUUCUUUGCAAGCGGCUCAGUGGUUAAGGCUCUGCAUUCCUGAUCAGAUGGUCAAAACCUGAGAUCCACCAAACUACCUCCUGACCCUACCUCGUACCCCUGUCCCCUAUUGGAACCUUCUUUUUUUUUCUUAACCAUUUUUAACUAUAAAACAAAAACUAUUAAAAAUCUGGAGUCUUCCAAAGAGUGAAGAUUGGUACAAUAAUCACCAUCAGACCUUUCCUUUCAGUGAAAUCUGAUUGUAAUUACAUAUGUUUACUUGUUUCUCUACUGGAAAAUCUUCAACACCAAAAUAAACUGUUGGUCAUGAUAAAUGAAUACUGUUUUUAUCCUUAUAUUCAUGACGAACAUUGAAAAUAUAAAUAAACAUGGCCUCUAAUCUGAACGAUCUGAUCAUCAGCCCAAAGCCUUAACCACUGAUCAGCAAUAAUUGCUGCUUUUUUACAUUUCACUGCACUUUAUUUACAUUAGGACUCCUAAAACAACUCAAUCUGACCAGGUUUAUCUUUAACAGCACAGCAAUGCCCUAAUAAUUAUUUAAUAAAUAACAGUGUGGAUGUUGUUUACGUUUAUAUUUACAUUUUAUAAUGUGAAACAACAUCAGCAAUAGAACUAAACUGUAUCAAGGGUACAUGUUUAUGGUAACGAUAACACCUGAGAACCAGGGCAUUGGUAUAAACCUGUCAGAGCUGCUAAUGUUAUAGGGGGCCUAUAUUCCAUAUAGGAAAUAUCAAAGUAAAAUUCAAAGAAGCUUUAUUGUCACUUCAGUCAUAUAUAGCUGAUGCAAUACACAGUGAAGUGAAACAACAUUCCUCCUAGACCAAAGGUGCUACACAGAACAAAUGACACAGACAAACAUACAGCUAUGACAUAGAGAUAAAAACUAAACUAUACUUAAGGUGCAAGAAAAAAUAGACAUACAUUUUCCAUGUGAAUUUUGUUUCACACUGUGCCCUGAUGAUUGGAUGUGGAGAUCAGAGUCUUUACAGCUGAACAACACUGAAAGUUCAGCAUGAAUGUGAAGAGACCCUGUACUCUCCUUCAGCUAUCUCUUUCAGUGCCAGUGUUAAAAAUCUUUCCUGAAAAUUACUUGAAAUGUUGAUCAUUUAAAAAAGGAAGUUUGUCCUGCUCCAGAUGUUGGUGACAUCACGUGAUAGCUAAGCUAGGACCAACAUCUGGAGCAGGACAAACGUCCUUUUUUAAAUUAAGUUUUUGUACAAAAACAAACUGACCUCAUUAGAUUCUUCUAGAUUAAUUAUUUAUCAUUCUUAUUUGUAUGUAUUCAUCUAGAACCACUGAAAUGAAGUGAGUGAUAUUUUAAAAAAUGUUGUCCUUUUUUUAAAUGGGAGAUUUCAGAUUUUUUGUAAAUUCCCCCUCUUUCAUUCAUUUCAUGCUUCUGUAAAUCUCUUGCCAUUCUGUCUUUGCUCUGUUUACAUUGUUUAUUAUCAGCAUUAAUGCCUUUUUUCUUUUUUACUUUU